CCCAAGAAAGGGCCAGGAUAGCUGCCCUGCCAACCACAAGUGGGAGCAAGCAGGUCCUGGGUUCCCCCUAAGAGCUGAGCUCCCGUUGCCCACCUGCUGAGGGGCCUCACCCACACGGCCAGCCUUCCCCCUCCCACCCAGCAGGACUUGCAUGUCCCUCGUGUCCCCAGCCCAGGCCUGUGCUUGCACGCCCAAGGAGAAGUCUGUCCCCACUCCCCAGGAUGGACCCCUUUGCAGACACCCUGCAGCGGCUGCGGGAGGCCUUCGUCUCGGGGCGUACGCGGCCGGCUGAGUUCCGGGCCGCCCAGCUGAAGGGCCUGAGCCGCUUCCUGCAAGAGAACAAGCAGCUUCUGCAGGAGUCGCUGGCUCAGGACCUGCACAAGGUGGCCUUUCAUUCAGACAUUUCGGAGCUCAUCAUCUGCCAGAAUGAGGUCGACUUGGCUCUCAGGAACCUGUGCACCUGGAUGAAGGACGAGCCAGUGGCCAAGAACCUGAUCACGCAGCUGGACUCGGCCUUCAUCAGGAGGGAGCCCUUCGGCCUGGUGCUCAUCCUGUCUCCCUGGAACUACCCCCUGAACCUGAGCCUGGUGCCCCUGGUGGGCGCCCUCGCUGCAGGUAACUGCGUGGUGCUGAAACCCUCAGAGAUCAGCAAGAACACUGAGAAGGUCCUGGCCAAGGUGCUGCCCCGAUACCUGGACCAGAGCUGCUUUGCCGUGGUGCUGGGCGGGCCCGAGGAGACGGGGCAGCUGCUGGAGCACGAGUUCGACUACAUCUUCUUCACGGGGACCCCUCGAGUUGGCAAGAUUGUCAUGGCUGCCGCCGCCAAGCACCUGACGCCCGUCACACUGGAGCUAGGAGGCAAGAACCCCUGCUAUGUGGACGACAACUGCGACCCCCAGACUGUGGCCAACCGGGUGGCCUUCUUCCGCUGUUUCAACGCCGGCCAGACCUGCGCGGCCCCCGACUAUGUCCUGUGCAGCCCCGAGAUGCAGGCGCGGCUGGUGCCCGCCCUGCAGAGCGCCAUCACCCGUUUCUAUGGCAACGACCCCCAGAGCUCCCCAAACCUGGGCCGCAUCAUCAGCCAGAAGCAUUUCCAGCGGCUCCGGGGCCUGCUGAGCUGUGGCCGCGUGGUCAUCGGCGGCCAGAGUGAUGAAAGCGAUCUCUACAUCGCCCCCACGGUGCUGGUGGACGUGCAGGAGACAGAUCCGGUGAUGCAGGAGGAGAUCUUCGGGCCCAUCCUGCCCAUCGUGAACGUGAGGAGCCUGGGCCAGGCCAUCGACUUCAUCAACCGUCGGGAGAAGCCCCUGGCCCUGUACGCCUUCUCCAACAGCAGCCAGGUAAUAAACCAGAUGCUGUACAGGACCAGCAGCGGCAGCUUUGUAGGGAAUGAAGGCUUCACCUACAUGAGUCUUACCUCCCUGCCAUUGGGGGGAGUCGGCAAAAGUGGGAUGGGAAGAUACCACGGCAAGUUCUCCUUCGACACCUUCUCCCACCACCGUGCCUGCCUGCUCUCCCACUCGGGCCUGGAGGUGCUGAAGAACAUCCGCUACCCACCCUAUUCUGACUGCAGACAGAAGCUGUUCACCUGGGCCAUGGGCAGCCACUUGUGCACCCUUCUGUGAGCACCCUGCCUGCCUCCAAGUCUCUGUCCACGACCCCGCUAUCCUGCUGCCGCCUGGGUACUCAGUGGCCCCCAAAAGGCAGGCGUCCUGUCCAGGAACAGAAAGGUCCUGCCCUUGGGGCUUUGUCUGAACAGACGCCCGGCUGGACAGACCUCUGGGCCAUGAGUCCAGCCGCUUUCAGGACCAGAGUCCCCUCUGCAGCUUUCUGAUAAAUUUGUUGACCCUUUGCUUGAA